CUGAGAACCAGGUACUGGAACCGUUCCAGGUGAUGGUCUCUAAGACCACAGUGACUCUCACAUGCCUCAAGAGUUCUUGCACCAUAACACAUAAUGAGAAGGUCACUCCAGACUGCACUCGUGUGAUCGAGAACUACAAGAGCUCCCAGGACGACGGAGAGUAUCAAUGUCAAUCUUCAAAGGACACCUUCACACUUUACCUGAAGGCCAAAGUGUGCGAGAGCUGUGUGGAGCUGGACCCCUUGACGGUGGCCGGGAUCAUCAUCGCAGAUCUGCUGAUCACCCUCGGGGUAGUGGUCCUGGCCUACUACUUCAGCAAAAACCGGAAGGGGCGCGGUGGUGGCGGUAGCGGCGGCAGGGCUGGCGGCCACCCCAGAGGCCAGAAGAUGGUGCGUCCCCCGCCUGUGCCGAACCCGGAUUAUGAGCCCAUCAGGAAGGGACAGCGGGAAGUGUACGCCGGGCUGGACUCCCGGGGCUUCUGAAUCGCUCUGCAGAUGGCAGGCUGGAUGAGAGCAGCUAAGGGGCCCCCAGUGUCGAGCCCACGCGAGGCAGAUUCUCUGCAGUCUGUGCUGGGCAGCCGUGCAUUCUGGGACUGGCCAAGCUGCUGCAGCAGGAGACGCUGCCCCUCCUUGGACACCCUCCCUCCUGCCUUUGAUCUGACUCCAGGGAACAGACAAACUAAAGAAACAAGGAGACCAG